GCCAAUUUUCCUUUGCUAGCGUAAUGUCGUAACAAGAUGAAAACACACAAUUUUGUUUGCACCAACUUGUUACAAUGGUGACAACAUAAAUAUAAGUUUGCAUGCUAUAUCUAUCAUUGCGCAAUUUGUGUAAAAUUUAUAUUUCGUGGAAUGGAGUUUAUGGUAAAAGCAGUGUCUAUAUGUUUAGCUUUAAACAUUCUAAUGAAUGUGAUAGCCAAUGUUGAUUGUGUGCAUCCAUGUUCAAUGAUCAAAGACUCGGUGUUGAUAGACACAAAGUGUCUGAUGCUGAUCAAACUGACAUUGACUUGGAAUGACUCCAAGAGUUAUUGUGAGGACACAUUCCACGGAUCAAUUCCCUUCAAUGCAAGAGUUGAUGUGAUCAAAGCAGCAUCAAACCUAAUGAACCAAAACAACGCUGACUACGCGUGGACUCAUCAGAAUGAAACAUGCAAGGCAAUCUCUAAGUCUGAGAAUGUAUUCGUCUCACAGAAAUGCGAAGAAAAGCACGAAUUCUUCUGUUACCUAGACUUUAAAGGCCUAGAACACUUGGACGACCCAUGCUAUCCAUGGAGAUCAGCUCUAUUCAGCAACGGAACUUGCUUCAAACUGUUUAAUGUGAAUUUAUCAUUACCUAAUGCAACGUCCCACUGUACACUCUGCAACUCUACGUUGCUAGAGACACCAGGGGAUGAUGAAAAGAUCGUAUUGUUGAAGUUUCUUCAAAAUAUCACCACGAGUUCAGUUUGGGUCAGAGCAAGGAGAGAAAAUGUCAAUCUAUAUGGUGGACUGUUUGAUUUCAAACUGACAUGGGAAAGUACCAACAGUCGUCUCCAAAGCAAAUUGCCGUUGUAUGAUGUGAUCAUUUCCAACACUACAGACAAUGAGUGCGUUCUGAUGAAUGCCAACAAUACAACGUUCUACAACGAGGCUUGUGAUCAAGAGAAUGCCUUUGUCUGUGCAAGAGUUGAUCCUUGUUCUCCCUUUAUGGAAUCUAGCUACCUACCUGGAAGAUGUCUGGUCUUAGUUCGACAUUUAGCAACUUGGAACCAGUCCAAGGCAUUUUGUGAAAGUUUUCAUGGCGGCAGUCUGGCUGAACUUAUUUUUGAGGAGGAAAGAAGCAAGACGUUUGACUUGAUCAACUAUUUCUCAUGGUGUGAUGCAGCUUGGAUUGCACUAACAAACAUUAGAAGCGAUAGACAUUUUGGCUGGGCCUAUUCUCAAGCAAGAGCUAUUAAUAUACCAUGGGGUAAUGCAGAACCUAAUAAUAAUCUAGGGAUUGACCACUGUGUCGAGGCCGUUCAGUCAAGGACGUUGAACGAUAACAAGUGCGACACAAACCGAGAGUUCAUAUGUGAUAUAGAAAUCAACUAUCUAGAACCUGCCACUGAUGCUUGUUAUCCUUGGCAAAUAGCUGCUUACAAUAAUGGCACAUGUGUCAAACUGUUUGAUGUUCAAAUAACGUGGCAAAAAGCGCAGAAAUUCUGUGAAAAAUUUGGUGGAAAACUGUUUGAAAUGUCAACACCAGAGAAAAGUGUUUUUGUCAUUACAUUAUACAAUGGCAUUGCCCCAGGAAAAGAUGUCUGGGUUGGUGCAAGACAGACGGAUAAUGAGUUCAAUUGGACAAGCAACGCUGAAACAGUUUUCUCCAACUGGUUGGCGGAUGGUGUGCAACAAUUAAGUGGAGAUACAACCGAAUCGUGCUUAUAUCUUAGUAACGGACGUUUAUACGUCACACAGUGUAAUAGCGAAAAGAGUUUUAUAUGUGAAAAAGGUGAAAACAACGUGUGUCCAAAUAGACUAUAUAACAAAGGGAAAUGCCUCAAAUGUGUGGAUAUAUUGUCUACAUGGAACGAUGCUCAGAAAGAAUGUUGGAAUCAAGGAGGUCUUCUGGCUGAACAGACUACUAUUGCCGAUGCAAGUGAGCUUUUAAGCAAAUACAAAGAUGAGCUAGUAUGGGCUGGGAAAUCUAAAAACAUGUUAUGGAACUCGAUAACACGUGACUGGACAGGAGAGAACAACGAAAAUAUAAAAUACAAUUCUAUAUGCCAAACAGCUGCUACAGAAACAAGGAGUAAUGUGUAUAUGAUAGUGAUACCAAGUAGCAUUGGAUCAUCUGAGACAUUUUAUGCCAAUCUUAGCGUUACCUCCAGUUAUCAUGAGCUGACAACGUAUAUCGAAGUGAACAACUCCUGCACUCUGACUACAAAUAAAUACUAUACAUUGUAUCCACGUAGCUCCUGGAAAUCGACGUUAAAUAACUGUUUGCCACAAGAUUUAAAGCAGAGGAACACUUACGCUCAAGUGAACUCAACACAGCCAGUCACUGUUGUGCUGUAUAUUGAGGAUACAUUCAAGAAGCUGCUGGGGUCUACAUUGGUCUUACCAUUGGAUAUGUUUAAAACCUCGAAAUCUUACUUUAUUGAUAAUGUACUUGAUCAUUUUCUUGAUGGAAGCGUGGCUGCGUUCACAAUGGAUCCACAUCUUCUUGUAAACGUCCUUGUUAAUUUCACACUAGCUAUCAAAGAUCAAGACAUCGUUAAAAACAUCUCUUACAGUUUAACAAAGUCAUACUUGAACGUAUUUGCCACGACCAAGUCUGAUGUGAACAUUUGCCUGUUUAUCAAUCUUGACGCAAGACCGAGUUACUUCUACAGCAAUAUCCCAGUGAUAUUUUAUUUGGCUAAUCAGAAGUUUGUCUCCAGUUCUACAAACCCAAACACUCAACAGGUUGUAACCUUUGAUCAACCCAUGCCAAUGAGUUAUUCUGGAUCUCAGUACAUCAGUUUCCCGGUUCCUAGCAGCAGAGAGAACAAUAGUACUUAUAAACUCAUAGCUCUCCGAAGCGACACUAAAAUAAAUAUUUUUGGAGACAGAGGACUGUGGCGGCAGGUCAGUCUCUCCAGCACUGGUCAAGUUGAAAGUCUGGAGCUGCCAAAUUCACAAUUUUACUAUUUCAACAGUAGUAACAAAUUUAUGAUGACAAUAACUCACAGGAUUAUGUUCUCAGGUACGAUUUUUAGAGAGCCGAGUCACUGA